AUGGCGCUGCUCGCCAACGUCGCGUCGCUCGUGUGGCUCGUGGUCCAUGGCCUCGUGGCGCCGCUGCUCGUGCUUUGCUGCCCGCGCGACCCCGACCAGCUUUUCUUUGACGCGCUUGUGGCGCGCGUGCUUCGGUCGCAAACUGCGCUGGCCCAUGGCAGCGUCCGCUUUAACUUUAACGUCUACGGCCAUCUCCAGCGCCUCGUCUUCCGGCCUUCGUCCGCCGUCGAUACCCCCAACGUCCAAGGCACGUCCGUCGCAUGCUUGUGGUACGACGGCCGCCCAAGCAAGAAAGGCUCGGAUCACGACAUUACGAUCCUUUACAUCCACGGCGGCGGAUUUGUCGUCGGGUCAUCCACGACGCAGAGCUGCGAUAUCAUCCAGCCACUCCUCCAAGCGCUACGUGCCAAGACCAUUGACGCGCGGGUCUUUAGCCUCGAGUACGACCUCGCCCCCGAGUUCAAGUACCCGCACCAGCUCCAGCAAACCAUCUCGGCGUAUACGUGGCUGCGCGCCGAGACGAGCGGCCCGAUCCUUGUCGUUGGUGACUCGGCGGGCGGGAACCUCGCAGCGCUGCUGCUCCAGCACAUUGUUCGCGCCAACUUGCCGCGCCCGGUGGGGGCCAUCUUGCUCUCGCCGUGGGUGGACAUCGCCGGCACCGCGCCGUCGUACGCGCGCAACGCCGCCACCGACGUCUUUCUCCCGUCCACGAUCGCAUCCUGGCGCGACUUGUACGCCGCGCACGACGACCAGACGCGCGCGUCGCCUCUCUUUCAUCCGCUGGACAAUCUUCCGCCCCUUAUGGUUGUCUAUGGGGGCAAAGAACUCAUGGAAGAUGACAUUCGCGCGUUUGUGGCCAAAGCCAAGGCGGCCAACGUCGAUGUGACCGAGCUCUGUCACCGGCACAAGCUGCACAACUACCCCGCGAUGCUCCGGUACACGGCGGCGGCGGCCGAUGCGUACGCUGCUAUGGCGCUCUUUGUUGCUCGACGUUUGCAACACUAA